AUGUCGCAGGCUGCCCCUAACACUCCUUCCGUGGUCGUGAACGGGACCAACAACAAGCAACAAGUCCCGCUACGGGACUACUUGAAUGCGAGAGUUGCGCCAUUCUUGAAGAAAGCCAUCACAGAGAGUCUAGGCGUCGAAGCAGAGUUUCCUCUUCAAUGGCUGGGAGAAUGCCUAAUCCAUCAGUCAAUCCUAUACGAAGGCAACCCGGACCGAACCAACAUCCGCGAAAGAUUCUUGUACAAAUUCGAGGCUCCGGCACCUCACCAAGAGACAACCCAGCCAACUGCGCCGUCAGAACCCCAGGAAACGCAGCAAGACAAGCCGGAGUCUGAACGUCCACAGGUCGUGGUAGAUGAGCCCAUCCAGCCCGCGUUGGAGCCGGUAGCAACCUCCGAAGUUCCUGUGCCAGAAACGCCUUCUGGACAAGAUAUGCCAGCCACCAAUGGCAUGAAGCAGGAAGAAAAGAAGGAAGAGCAGAAUACACCGAGGGAUGAUGAUACGGAGAUGGGAGGCAUAUCAUGA